CUUAUAUAUAGCAAAAGCAUAGAAGAAAACUGCAGGGCCAUUAAACGGGCGCACGACCGGUGCAUGGAGUGGGCAAGAAAGCAUAGAGCAGUCUUUGCGCUAGAUAAAUACCACCUAAUACACUUUAUAAGAGCCCGCAAGUCUAUUAAUAUAAAAGCUACAGUUAAUAUAUAG